AUGGCUGAAGGCAUCCCCAUCAACGUGGACGCCGCGGUACAGCGGGGCUCGCUGUCAUGGCUUCGCAAUCGUGGCAUUGUCAAGUUGAACUGUAUACUGGUGCUUUCUCUGAUAUCAUCCUAUGCCACUGGAUUCGAUGGAUCUAUGAUGAAUGGUCUCCAAUCACUGGAUACUUGGAACGCUGAAUUCGGAAACCCUGGCGCAAGCGAUCUGGCGCUCUUGAACGCCAUCCAGAAUGUUGGCCAGCUAGUCGGCAUGCCCUUUUGCGCCUGGAUCUGUGACACCUGGGGCCGUAAGCCCGCCCUGCUCGGAAGCGCCUUUGUUCUCAUCAUUGGCGUGGCUCUUCAAACAGCCGCCCAAAAUACUGGCAUGUUCAUCGCCGGCCGUGGAAUCAUUGGUCUAGGACUCGUUCUGAACAUUACUGCUGCCCCAUUGCUGAUCAUGGAGCUGGCCUACCCAAGCCAGCGCGCACCCUUGGUCUCCAUUUACAACAGUCUGUGGGGUCUCGGUGCCCUCGUCGCGGCCUGGACAACCUACGGAACCUUCAGAAUCGAGAGCAACUGGGCUUGGAGAAUCCCUUCCAUCCUCCAAGCCCUAUCCAGUGUGUUGCAAUUGGCCCUGUGCUUUUUUGUGGAGGAAUCGCCGCGAUGGCUCAUCUCCAAAGAACGAGAUGCUGAAGCUGAGCAUUUGGUGGUCAAGUACCACGCCAACGGAAACGCUUCAGAUCCCAUGAUCCCGCUCGAGAUGGAGGAGAUUCGGACGGCGCUACGCCUCGAAAACGAAGCCAACAGGACAACGUCCUAUCUGACCUUUUUCUCUACUCCAGGCAAUCGUCGUCGCUUCUUCAUCAUUCUGGCGGUUGGUUUCUUCAGCCAGUGGAGCGGAAAUGGGCUGAUCUCCUACUAUUUGACUCUGAUCCUCAACAGUAUUGGAUACACCUCUCAAAGCACUCAGACCUUGAUCAACGCACUCAUGACGCUGUGGUCCAUGCUUUGGGGCCUAGGAUUCUCCUUCUUUGUCAACCGCUUCCGAAGACGAACUCUGUUCCUGGCUUCGACCAUUGGCUGUCUCAUGGUCUACAUCGUCUGGACCGCGCUCGAGGCCAGAUAUGAAAUGUCCACGGACUUGAACGAGGAUGGGACUGGUGGCCCGUCUGGCAUGGCUCAAGGCGUCGUGGCCAUGAUUUUCCUAUACCAAGCCAUCUUUGCCAUGGGCUGGGGCGCAUUGCAGGUGACAUACGUUGUUGAGAUUCUGCCAUUCAACCUUCGCGCUAGGGGCCUGGUACUGUACAACUUCUUUGUGGCGCUGGCGCUCAUCUUCAACCAAUAUGCAAACCCAAUUGGUGUCACGAACAGCGGAUGGAAAUUCUACAUUACCUACGACGUUUGGCUGUUUGUUGAAGUCAUUGUUGUCUACUUCCUGUUCGUAGAGACGGGCAAGUUGAGCUUGGAGGAGACGGCAGCUGUUCUUGAUGGAAAGGAUGCGGAAGAGAAGUUGCAGGAAGAGGUUUUGAGGAAUACUGAAAAGACUCUCGGCUUGACUCGAGUCGAUACUGUCCCUGAAUCCAAUGCUUGA